CAUUACGGGGAGGCGGGAGCGGCCGGGACGCUCGAGUCGGCACCGGAGCGUGGCAGGCCGCGCGCGGGAACCUGCGGACCGCGCCGCGGUAACGCUCGCUCCCCGCCGCUGCGAUCUGGGCUUCUCGGGCGGAGCCUCCUGGGAGGAAGAGGAAGGGAGGAAGAAAAGAAACGCUCUUCCCGAACCCUGGCCCCAGGCGAGCGGUGAGAGGUGCUGAGCUUCGGUAGGCCCACUCGGUGACCUUCGGGGGCUGGUCCCCCUAAGAACCGCGGCCCGCGCGGGGGGCUCCAGGACGCGAGUGGCCGCGGCCGGCGCUGAUCUCCGGGGACGUUAGGGCGAAGCCUGCCUUCCCUAGCUGGGCGUGGUGGCAUUCAAGAAGCUGAGGCAUCUUCACCCUCCGGAUCCUUGUGGGUGUGCUCAUGAUUGUCUUUCCCAGACUCACCUAGAGACAGCCGCUGAGUCCCCCAGGUCACAGGAGACCACUGGCAGGGGCUGCCUCCCACAGCCUGAGAUGGCAUCUGUGGACUUCAAGACCUAUGUGGAUCAGGCCUGCAGAGCUGCUGAGGAGUUCGUUAAUGUCUACUAUACCACCAUGGACAAGCGGCGCCGGCUGCUGUCCCGCCUAUACAUGGGCACAGCCACUUUGGUGUGGAAUGGAAAUGCUGUUUCAGGACAAGAAUCCUUGAGUGAAUUUUUUGAAAUGUUGCCUUCUAGUGAGUUCCAAAUUAAUGUGGUAGACUGCCAGCCUGUUCAUGAUGAAGCCACACCAAGCCAGACCACGGUCCUUGUGGUGAUCUGUGGAACAGUGAAGUUUGAGGGCAACAAACAACGGGACUUCAACCAGAACUUCAUCCUGACUGCCCAGGCCUCACCCAGCAACACAGUGUGGAAGAUAGCCAGUGACUGUUUCCGGUUCCAGGACUGGGCCAGCUAGUAGGGGCGAUAGGCCUCUUGGCUUCAGUGACAGCUCUGUAGAGAAAUUGGUCUCAAAUCUCAGGAUGUGAUUAACACCAGUUCGGUUUUGUCUCUGCAGCAACACUGCAGUCCACACUGUGCUGAAGUUGAGUUUGUGUGUGUGAUAUGUGUGUGUGGAUCCUAGCACCCUUUUUCCUGAGUAUAUACUCAUUUGUCAUAGUUGCCUUUAAAAGUAGUAAACUUUUUCUAUUUUUCUACUUAUCCAGUAGAGACAUUGAUUUGGAAAUUCUGACAAAUAAAAAAAAGUAUACAAAUGCU